AUGCCCUCUAUCCUCAAUCUCAAGUUCAAAGGAAACAAGUCUUUCGUCGCGUUCAGCAACCUUGCCGACACAGAGUCUCUCACCAAGACAUGGAAGGUCUGCACCAAGGUCGCUAGCUACCUGGAACAAGGCCAAAGGCUCGAGAACUUGAGCUGGAGGUUAUGGCAUCUCCAGAACCUCAUGGUCGACACCGACAACGCAAAGUCCAAGCGUGAAUUCAAGAAGCUUUCCAAGGUCAUGGGCGACAAGCUGGACAAGGAGAAAGGACGGAGUAUUGAGGAACUUGAGGCACCCGAUUUCAAACGCAAUCAUUCAACCGAAAUGAUCAAACAGCGAGCUAUCGAAAAAGAGCGCAACCGGGAGGCCUCGCAGAACGCCACCCCCGGCACCAUCAAGCGCAUGCAGUUCACCUUCAGCGUCGACCAGCCCGCCCCUGCAUCCAACGCCCCCGUCAAGAAGCCAGACACCAAGCCUUCGGCCGAGUUCGCCAAACGCACACGCGCCGCUGUCGCUGCAGCCGCCUCCGCCCCGGCUCGCGCCGCCCACAACGACCAGGACACAGUCAUGGCCGACGCCUCUGCCCAGGCGACUACCACCACCAUUGCCGCCCCCAGGCCAACCGCCGCCUCUGUCCGCCUCCCUAACCUCUUCAGCGACUCGUUCGGCCCCUCUGCACUCCUCUACGCCACGCCCACUUUGACGACCCCCAUGACCUACGGUGAAGGUUUCAUGCCCUCCGUACAUAACGAUCAAUUCAGCAUCUCCCGACCCACAAUCGAGCUCGCUCUCGACGAGUUCCUCUUCAACGACGAGCCUGCUGGCGAGCAGGGGUGGGCAUCCGCCUUCGCUGCCGCCACCAGCGCCAACCGCGCACAGGCCCUCGAAAAAGAAGCGCCUGCUGCUUCUACGGCCAACAACGCUACCUCUGCUUCUGCCGGCCAGCAGCAGGACGUGGUCAUGGCCUCCGCUUCCAACACCAACACCACCUCCAACGCCCUCGCCUCGACCUCGAACCUCGCUGCCAUCUCCAGCAACAACUACAUCACCCCCUCCAUUUCCAGCCUUAACCAGAACCAAACUAUGCACUCCAAGCGCGCCUCUGUCGCGUCGUCCGUCUCCACUGCCUCUACCGGUGGUGCUGCAGCGGACGACGAGAACGGCAGCCAGAUCAACAGCGACGAGGAAGAUUUCGACCAGCUCUCGCCCGCCCCGAGCACUGCGAAGCACUCGAUCUUCAAGGGCGUCCCGCCGCUCUCCGCCACCGUCAAAGAGGUUCUGCCCGAGACCAUCGCCCCCUCGCGUGUCACCGGGGUGCAGAACGUCUACGGCACCCGCUCAAGCACCCCCACCGCCCGCCCGGCGCUUACUCUCAGGACUCAGACCAUCUCGACGAGGUCCAGCGGACCCAGUGCGACUGCGACGAGCCUGAACCCAGCUGUCCUCCGCGGCGGGGUGGGCAACAGCGCUCCGGGCGGCGUCAAGGCUGAAUGCUCCAACUGCGGCGCGACCCACACGCCCCUCUGGCGUCGUGGCCUGAACGACGAGUUGAACUGCAACGCGUGCGGGCUGUACUGCAAGCUGCAUAAGCGACCACGCCCCAAGAGUAUGAGGAAUUCCCAUGGCGAGGGCCGCGCCCAGGCUGCUCCGCGUCAGGAAACGGUCGACGUCAUGGCCCGACCCUCGGUAGCGGCCCAAUGCUACAACUGUCACACGACAGCGACGCCCCUCUGGAGGAAAGAUGAUGAGGGCAAGACGGUUUGUAACGCUUGUGGCUUGUACUACAAGUUGCACGGUUCCGCCCGUCCCAUCUCGAUGAAGUCGGACGUCAUCCGCAAACGCUCGAGGCACGACGCGCGGCGGGGCGUCGGCGCCGGGCCCGAGGAUACUCCAUCGGCCAGCCCCGGCGUCAGCCGACGCACCUCGCCCGUGCGCGAGUCCUCCCCCACCCUUGCGCCCGACUCGACCACACAGAUGUCGUACGACUUUUCGGAGGACACCGAGUUCCGGGGGACCACCUCCAGCUCGUCCGAGCUCCUCGGCGCGCUCGGCGGCACCACCGCCGCCACCGACAACUCCCAGAACAGUCUCUACAACCCCUUCCAACUCGGCCAGUACCCCGGGCCGUACCACCCUGACUACCUCAUGCAGCUCUACAACCUUCCCUCCGAUGCGCUCCCUUUCGCCGGCGUCGACACCUCCAGCGGGAACGAGAUGGACCACCUUGGUGGGAUGGGCAGCCCGCGCUCGACGAAGCGCCGCAGGAUGAGCACCGAUUCGGCGAGCGAGCCGCCCUCGUCUGCGGUGUCGUACUCCUCGUACGGGGGCACGGAUGGUUAUAGUUCGGCCGCGAGCUCGACGACGAGCCACUCGAAGCGCUCGUCGAUGGACUCGUUCCCGUUCAGCACGUACAACACCAACGGGACGAUCAACCAGGGCCCUGCGCUGCGCGGGUCGGGGAAUACCUUCUGGCACCCGCCCAUGAUGCCCCAGGGCACGGGCGAGAACGAGGUGCUCUUCCACCCGCCCAUGCUGCCCCCCUCGUCUGGCUCGUCGGUGUCGGGUUCGGGGUCUGGCGGCUCGGGGUCGAGCAGCGGCAGCAACUCGGCGUCGGGCACGCCCAACAGCUCGGCGAACGCGUCGAGCACGGAUUUGAGCAGUGUUGGGAGCGGGCAGGGUGGGCAGGGGAACGGGGGGAAUGAGGACUCGCCGAUGGACUAUUUGCACCCGCCGAUGGCGCUCCAGGAUGAGGAGAGCUUGUUCUCGGCGUACCUUCACCCGCCGAUGGUGUUGCCCGAGGAGAAGCAUGGGCAGGGCCAUGAUGACGGACACCAGGGCAUGUAUGUUGACUUUGCUUACCCUUAA